AUGGCUGGAAUCUGCUCCCGAGAUUUGAAGUAUGUGUCCGCACCAAUGGUCAAUCAAUCCGAUCUCCCCUUCCGAAUUCUGGUCCGCCGUUAUGGGGCGACGACGACGUAUACCCAAAUGUACAUCCCCGAAAAGCUUCUGAAUGAUCAAGCGUACCUGGAAUACCACCUCCGCGACCUUUCUUCGUGUCAAAGCCCCGGCACGAGCCGACCUGUGGUAGCCCAAAUCUGUGGUAGUGAUCCGGAACUCGUCGUUCAAGCUGGCCGGAAACUGCAGGGAUACUGCGACGCCAUAGAUCUUAAUCUAGGCUGUCCCCAAGAAGCCGCCCAAGAUGGGCACUACGGCGCCUACUUGCUCGGCCAGAAGGACUGGCCACUCGUGGAAAGCAUAGUGUCAUCGAUGUCAAAUUCCUUCACCGUGCCAGUCUCUGCCAAAAUCCGGCUGUGCCAGCCCACUCCCAAAACCCUGACGCUCUCUCGACGCCUUGAGGCGGCGGGGGCAUCCUGGAUCACUCUCCACGCUCGGACAGUCUCCGCCCGCCGACGUCGGCAAGGAGCCGCAGACCUGAGCCAGGUUAAGCACCUAAAGGAGCAUCUCGAGAUCCCCGUCAUAAGUAACGGGAACGUCCGUGUUUUCAGUGACCUGGAGGAUAAUCUCGCCUACACCGGUGCGGAUGGCCUCAUGGUGGGCGAAACGCUACUUGGAAAUCCCUGUCUUUUCGCGGGAUCGGUCCCUGACCCGGUGGACAUCUCCUUGGAAUAUCUCAGUAUCUGUAGGGAAUACCCUGGGACGUCUCUGGCAACAAUACAAACACACAUACGGCACUUUGUCGAAUUCCAGUGUUCCAGGAGACCUUGGUACCCGAAAUUCCGAGCCGCCGUUGGAGCAACUUCCUCUGUGGACGCUCUGGAGAAGCUGCUUAAAGGCAAAGUGGAAAAAUGGGGCGGCAGGUCUCCGAGAGACGCGCUUGAUGAGAAGACGGACGGUCCUGAGGGGCCGAAUUUAAGUGACGAAGAACGCGUCGAUAAGGAGCAGGAGGAGGACGAGGGUUUGGAUCUCAUCUUCUGA